GAGGGGCUCUGAGAGGACGCCCGGCCGGGGUGAACAACGCGGCAGGAGAGCACGAGAGACUGUGAAGAGCAUGGGGAGCCUUUGUCGUGCAGCGUGAAACCCUUGAGCCUUUGGCCUAGGAGCUGGGAGACUCAGAGCCCUUCCCACACUUGGAAUUGGAGCAAGUCCUUCUAGACAGUCCCAGCACCAUGAGCCCUGAAAGGUCCCAAGAGGAGAGCCCAGAAGAAGACACAGAGAGAACAGAGCGGAAGCCCACGGUCAAAGAUGCCUUCAAAGACAUUUCCAUAUACUUCACCAAGGAAGAAUGGGCAGAGAUGGGAGACUGGGAGAAAACUCGCUAUAGGAAUGUGAAAAGGAACUAUAAUGCACUGAUUACUAUAGGUCUCAGAGCCACUCGACCAGCUUUCAUGUGUCAUCGAAGGCAGGCCAUCAAACUCCAGGUGGAUGACACAGAGGAUUCUGAUGAAGAAUGGACACCUAGGCAGCAAGUUAAACAUCCUUGGAUGGCCGUAAGAGUGGAACAGAGUAAACACCAGAAGGGAAUGCCCAAGGCAUCAUUCAAUAAUGAAUCUAGUUUGAAAGAAGUGUCAGGAACAGCAAAUGUACUGAAUACAAGUGGCUCAGAGCAGGCUCAGAAACCAGCGUCCCCUCCUGGAGAAGCAAGGACCUCUGGACGGCACUCUAGACUAAAACUGGAACUCAGGAGGAAGGAGACUGAUGGAAAGAUGUAUAGCCUGCGAGAAAGGAAGGGUCAUGCAUACAAAGAGGUCAGCGAGCCGCAGGAUGAUGACUACCUCUAUUGUGAGAUGUGUCAGAACUUCUUCAUUGACAGUUGUGCUGUCCAUGGGCCCCCUACAUUUGUAAAGGACAGUGCAGUGGACAAGGGGCAUCCCAAUCGUUCAGCCCUAAGUCUGCCCCCAGGGCUGAGAAUUGGGCCAUCAGGCAUCCCUCAGGCUGGGCUUGGAGUAUGGAAUGAGGCAUCUGAUCUGCCACUGGGUCUGCACUUCGGCCCCUAUGAAGGCCGAAUUACAGAGGACGAAGAAGCAGCCAACAAUGGAUACUCCUGGCUGAUCACCAAGGGGAGAAACUGCUAUGAGUAUGUGGAUGGAAAAGAUAAAUCUUGGGCCAAUUGGAUGAGGUAUGUGAACUGUGCCCGGGAUGAUGAAGAGCAGAACCUGGUGGCCUUCCAGUACCACAGGCAGAUCUUCUAUAGAACCUGCCGAGUCAUUAGGCCAGGCUGGAACUGCUGGUCUGGUAUGGGGAUGAGUACGGCCAGGAACUGGGCAUCAAAUGGGGCAGCAAGUGGAAGAAAGAGCUCAUGGCAGGGAGAGAACCAAAGCCAGAGAUCCAUCCAUGUCCCUCAUGCUGUCUGGCCUUUUCAAGUCAGAAAUUUCUCAGUCAACAUGUGGAACGCAAUCACUCCACUCAGAACUUCCCAGGACCAUCUGCAAGAAAACUCCUCCAACCAGAGAAUCUCUGCUCAGGGGAUCAGAAUCAGGAGCAGCAAUAUUCUGAUCCACCCAGCUGUAAUGACAAAACGAAAGGUCAAGAGAUCAAAGAAAGGUCCAAACUCUUGA